AAAAUCAAUACUAUUAUUUCAAAGUAUACAAAAAUUUAAAAUGCCUUUAGAGUAGUUUUCUUAAAAAUAAAAUUAUAAAAUGUAAACAAAAAUAUGAGUGAAAUUUGAAUGAAAGUAAAAACCAAUGUCAAGAAGAUCUAGUGGGAGAAAUGUUAAGAAAGAAGGGAGUUCACUUUCUUUGAAUCGGCUUUAAACUAAAUUUGGGUCAUAUGUAGUUAACAGAAAGUUAAGUGCCUUGCUAUCUUGUGUAUGUUUUAUUAGUGUAGAGGGAUUAUUAUGCAUUUUCAAAUGCAUAUUUGGAUAACUAUUAUAGGAUGGAUUUUAGUGUUGUGCUGUCUAUUCCCCUUGACCUACGAAUACUCGCCAAGGGAGUACUACGCGCCUUCGUUAAUUGGAGAAAACCAAUCUGCAAGAUGGGUGAAAAUCCACCAACCAAGGCAAGUGGAUAAUUCUCGUUAUGGGGAUCAGUUCGAGUUUAAAAAUGACCCGGAACAAUAUAAUAAUAAUAAUGGUCAAGAUGGUAGACAUUUUAGACCGGAGACGAUAUUUCGAAUUACUGAGACUUUGGGAGCAUUGAAUACAGUUGGGAGGUAUUUGGUGAACAUGACCAGAAGUGGUGAUGGUGAGAACAAUAAAAUAUCGCAGGAUGUGCCGAACGCUUUGUAUACCAUCAGUAAAAAUGUUUUGGGGAGGAAUGUUACGGAUACCAUAGCGCCUUUGGUGAGGGAGGCUUUGCCUGUUCAAGAUCAAAAUCAAGAUCAACAUAGUGCUGAAGACAAAAAUGGUAAUGAUGGUGAGAAUGAUGGUGAUGACGAUGAUAAUCCGAGAUAUUGCACUACGCCGGAGGGUCUAUCUGGAUAUUGUGACGAUUUGAGUGAUUGUCCACAGUUAUUACUCAACCUUGGAAACUUAAGGCAAUCAUUGUGCUUCAAAAGCCUCUUUGUCCCCGGCGUAUGCUGUCCCAAAGGCGCCGACUCCCCAAUAUCGACAACAACAAGAAAACCAUAUCCCCCUGUUAUAUACCAAACAACCUCUAUUAAACCUAUAAAAUUAUCCCCAGUCACUUCCUACACAACACGUAAACCUCCUAUUAAUAUACCCACUUUACCCAAACCUCCAAUAAAUAUACCCAGUUUACCCCUCAACACUCCAGCUCCAACUUUUGUACCGAGCAUUCCGGAUCUACCUCUAGAAGGAAACUUUGUCGACCCAGAAGAUUGUGGACAGCCGGAAUCGGCAAAAUACCGCGUAGUAGGCGGCGAGGAAGCCCUUCCAGGUAGAUGGCCAUGGAUGGCGGCCAUAUUCCUGCACGGAUCAAGGCGAACUGAAUUCUGGUGCGGAGGUUCAUUGGUGACGGCCUCCUACGUUCUAACAGCGGCCCAUUGCACCAGAGACUCCAGACAAAGACCGUUUGCAGCUCGUCAGUUUACUGUAAGGUUGGGCGAUAUCGAUUUGAAACGGGACGACGAACCGUCAGCUCCGGUGACUUUAAAGGUUUCCGAGAUUAAGGCACACCCGGAGUUCAGCAGAGUUGGGUUCUACAACGAUAUAGCUCUAUUGAAGCUGGAAAAACCGGCUAGAAAAUCAAAGUACGUGAUACCUCUAUGUCUACCUCCUCCGGAGGUGAGGAGCGAGACGUUUGCCGGAAAAAGAACCACGGUGGUUGGUUGGGGUACCACUUACUAUGGAGGUAAGGAAAGUACAGUGCAAAGACAAGCCAUAUUGCCGAUCUGGAGGAACGAAGACUGUAACCAAGCUUACUUCCAACCCAUAACAUCGAAUUUUAUUUGCGCCGGCUAUUCGGAAGGCGGCACCGACGCCUGUCAGGGAGAUUCAGGUGGGCCUUUAAUGCUUCACUGGGAUGCCAGAUGGAUUCAAGUGGGGGUCGUCUCAUUUGGUAAUAAAUGCGGCGAGCCGGGCUAUCCGGGGGUAUACACCAGAGUAACUCAAUAUUUAGACUGGAUCAAGGAUAACACGCGAAAUUGAAGACUCAAUUUUAGAAUAGCUAUUUAUUUUUGUAUAAAUGUAAUAUACUGUUUAUUGCCUUAUGUAGUUGAGUAAACACGAGGACUACAAAUGUUCUCGUUAACGUGAUGUACUACUAA